GGAGACAUGCCGACAGUGCAACAAAUCCACCAUAUUCGAUUCGAGUUCUAUGAUUAAUUUUCAUUCGGCAUCAAUGUACGUUGCUCGAGGUGCUAAUGUAGAAUUUGGCUCAACUUUGGAUAAUCUGUCAUGGACUGAUGCGCAGCUUGCACGGAAGACAUCCUCCGGGAUUGAAAUUUGACCCAAACUUGUUUAUGCAAAAGGUUUUUCUUUGGAAAAGGUCCAGAAAUAUAGCAACAGGGAUGCGGUCCACCUUCGCUCUUUUAUUUGCCGCCGGUAUUGGUGUCACAUUUUUUUAUUUGGGAUGGCUACGGGUCUUAAGUUUGGAUUCCAUUCAGUUUGUUCGCACAAACCGCUUAUUCAGGCCAUCAAUUGAUGGCCAAGAUUUGGGGCCCGUCAAGAAAGUUGGCUUCUUGAAAACUCACAAAACUGCCUCCAGCACCAUUCAAAAUAUCAUCUUACGGUAUGGAUUGAACCAUAACUUGACCUUUGUUCUCCCGUCAAGUGGGAAUUACUUGGUUGGUCCCGGUUCAAGAUCAGAUCCAUUUCAAGCUCAUUGGUUGCAGAAUGUUCCCUGGCAUCGAAAGUUGACAUCUACCCACCAAUAUGACGUUAUCGCCCUUCACACUAGAUGGAACUACGAUCAAUUCAAGUUCUUGUUGGGUUCAAAGGCGGUUUUCUUCACUAUCCUGCGAGAACCAAGUGAAGUCUUUGAAAGUCUUUUCUCAUACGUUUCGUUCGAAGAAAAAUUGCAAGUAAACAUAAGUGAAUAUUUGCAAAGGUCAAAAGACCCAAAGUAUAGGGCCAAUCGGUUGGGUGGUUUCCUCGGUCUCAACCAGCAAUUAUGGGAUUUGGGAGUGGAUUUAGACAUCUCUCGUGACAAAAAAGACAUCGAGUGGCACAUUCAAAGGCUUUCUCAGCAAUUCGAUUUGGUGCUAAUUACUGAUCGCAUUGAUGAAUCCUUGGUACUUUUAGCUCAACUCCUCCGGGUACCUCUUAGUGAAAUGGUAUCUCUCAAAAUGAAUUCCAGAAAGAAAACUGCAAAGCUUGAGUUGUCCGAAGCUGAUCAAAAACUCUUACAGGAUCUGCAAUCAGGGGAGAUCAAAUUGUACCGUUACUUCAAAGAGCGAUUAUUAAAACAGAUUCAGAUAUUCGGUCAAUCCAAAAUGAAAAAUCAAGUUGAAGAGCUCAAAAAGUUGCAACUCUCAGCCCACAAUAAUUGCGUUUUAAGUGAAGCAGACAAAAAUUCUCUAAAAGGAACAAAGUUUGAGCCGUAUCAUCCUGACACCAUUGCCUACAGAGUGAAGGAGGACAAUAUCGAUUGCGUGCAAAUGGCAACGGCCGAACUUCAUCUCAUUGAUAUGAUUAGGGAGAAGAUGAAAGCUUGGUGGUUUCGCAUGGUUCACCAACAACGUCCUUAAGCCAUUGAACACUCAACUUUGACAUUAAUGACAUCAAUGUAUAUUCAUCUCAUCUAUGUAUGAAUUAACACAUGAUCGCUGAUGAGCUCCUUUGAAACUCCUUAAGAGUGCAAAUAAAAGCCAGCAACAUCCA